GCUGAAAUACAUAGGACAGAGUGAUUUUAUUUUGAAGGGGAUGAGUGCCUUCCUUCAUUUCUUUUGUUGUCAGAUGUAUGUCAAUGUUGUGAUACCACUGCACAAAGUUGAAUUCACAUUGGUAGGUUUUGGCAAGACAUUUCUCAGACAACCAGCAGUGGCAACAGUGAAGAAAACUAAACUCUUUAUAUGUCUGUGAAGGGCAAACUUAGUGUCAGAUCCUCAUUCAGAAAUUGGUUGUAGCUCCAGGUUCUAAUGUUGCCUCUGGCCUGGGCUUGUAGUUUUCAGAAUAAUUUAGAUAUGCAUGCUGAUUUUAAAGAACUUUGGAAAAUUGCCACUUGAAUCAGUCACUUCAGGCUGCUUAUUGAAAGGAUUAUUUGGAAGAUAUUUUCUUCUUCGUGGAUUUUUGGAUUGCCAUUUUCCCUGUACAGUCAGGUCAGGUUUUGUUUGAUUUGGGUUUGUUUGGUUGAAUUUUUUGUUUUGUUUUGGGUUUGUUAGUUUGAGGUCUUGUUUCUUUUCUUUCCCUCCUCAGAUUUUCAAAUUUUGUCCUGGUUGUACUCCUUCAUCUUCAUAGUUGUCUUCCUUUUGUCUCAGUCUCCAUGAUUAGAGAUAGUAGAAAUUCCAACAAGGCAUAGCUCUGAGGCAACCUUUUUUGCUGUGGCUUGCUGCUGUGCUAUGACAGCCUUUGCCAUAAAAGCCCCUCAGCUGUGGUUGGGAGAGUGGUGAGCCUGUGUUCCUAUCUGGAAUUAGUCAGUGUGAAGAAGGAAGUCUUGGCUUCCCUUUUCCCCUGCUCAGGGAGUGGUGGGUAAGAAGGAUUUGAGAGAAUGAGGGAGAAGAAAGAUGACAAGAGGCAAUGUUUCUUCUUACAUGUGUGCUGUUAUCUCAUAGGAUACUACCUCUGAAUUACUGAAAACAGAGGUCCAUUCUGAGACAGCGUUUGUUUAAACUGUAAUGUUCAUGUAGAGAAGUGCUGACCCUUCAGGGCAACAAGAGGUAAAAGAAUAUUCCAAUUCAUUUGUCUUACUUAUUGUGCUCUUUUCUUCCUAAUACGUACACCUGCUGCUCCAAUACGCUUUUUUUCCCGACUUUGAAAUCAUGUGGGUAUAAGCUUACUUUUAUUUUUUUGUUACUCCGUACUGUGUAAACUUGUAAGGGUUGUGCGUGGAGCGCGUUAGGGGUAACUAGACGUGCAUGCUUCAGGGGGAAAGAGAAGACCAGAUCUUGCAGAACUUUGAAAUCACAGUGGAAUUCAUUAUGGGCAAUGGCGUUUAAAAAUGCUUAGGAAAAGUACAGAUAGUUACCUUCAUUUUGGUACACCUUGCUCCCAUUUCCUUUGCCCAGGGUCAGUAUUUGGGUAUUAUGCCAUUUUCCCAGCAGGUUGAGUCCUUGAUUUCUGUUGGUUUCGGUAGUUAGUGUGUGCAUUGUGAAUCAGAUACACAAGGCAAAGGCCCAGCCUGCAAUUACUGCUGCUCCUUGGCAGGAGUUUAUUCAAUCUGUUCCUCUUGGCUAGACCUCUUAUCCUGGCUUUGUGGUCUUAUUUACAUUGUGAUGGCAGAGUUAUUUCCACUCCAAAGCGCUGUAGUGAUAUUGUCUAAAUGAUUCAGGACGAGAUAUGGCUAGGGAUCUGUGGAGAGCUGAACUUAAUUUAAAUUCUGCAAGAACUAUCUGUUAUUUUCAGUGUUUAUUAUUAUUAUUAUUAUUAUUAUUAUUAUUUUAAUUAAAAGAAGAUGUAGACUUUUUGGAAUGACGGUUGAAACUUGUGUUCUUUUCUUGAGAAAUACUGUUUGGUCUUCUGAGCCGUCACGUGAAUGCCCUACUCCUGGACCUCAUAUGUAAAUAUUUUCCAUCAUAUUUGAUACCGUUCAUGGAUUAUGUAGAUGCAUAAUGAUGUCGGUGCAGGUUUAUGCUUAAAAGUCUGAGUGCAGAGCCAUGGAUUUGGCAAAGAGCUAGGGAAAAGUGCAUGUUUAGGGAGGAUCUGUUUCCGGAAAUCUUAAACCACACAAUUCCAAAUAUUCGUGAUGUAGAAUGUAAGUUUUUAUUGUUUGCUCUGUUAUUAUUUUGUACUUAAGAUAAAUUUGUCUCUUAAAACAGUUUUUCUGGGGAUAAGCACAUUCCUUGAACAAAGUACAUCCCACUGAAUUUCCAGUGGGAAUUCAAAUUAUUGUUUGUUGGCUGUCUGUCCAUGUGCAUGGUCGUAUCUCACAGUGGAGGUGAAGUAAGCUGUUCCUCAUUCAGUGAUUUGUGAUUGCCACUCGCAUUAGUGCACCCAAAAGUAAAAGUUAUGCUUUAUAUAUCGACAUUUACUAUAGGGCAUUCUACACACAGGAACUUGUUACUUUACAGCAGUUUUGGUGUCCAAGUCCUAAUGUUGCCCCUGCUUUGGGUUAAUCAUUUUCAGAAUAAUUUAGAUAUGCAUGUUGAUUUUAGAGUGCUUCAAAAAUUUGCCACUUGAAUCAGGCACGUGUGCCUACCAGUUGAGAGGAUUAUCUGAAUAGUGAAUGUGAAGGGUAAGCGACAAGCCUUGCUGGCAGUGACACUUGUGUUUGCAGCAGACUGUGGUAUGUUGGCAUAAGGGUGCUUGAACGAGUCAGUGGAUGCAAUGAAAAAAUGCUUUGGAGGCGGAGUUGUUUAGAGGAGAGCUUAGCAGCAUGAGAAAUUCGGUCUCAAUAUUCUGGUAAAAACAGAGACCUAAGUACCACUGUAGAAAGUCUGGUGAGGAAGUCUAUUAAAUGUGUAACUUCAGUCUAAAAAGUGCUCAUGUCAGAGCUCCCUGAAGAUAUGUGGCUCAUACUGCUUCAAACUGUCUGGACAUUUGUUGUUUAACUGCUGAAGCUUUCCUACCACUUGUUUCUUUCUUGAAGCCUUAAUCUAUUGAGGGAUCAGAAUUGGCUGCUAUGGAAUCAAGACCAACUAGGACAUGAGAAGAUGUAUUCAAGAUGAUCCAACCAGAAAAUUUUUCACUUCAUAGAAAUCUUAUUUUUGUUUAAUAUGUAAUAUAAUUUCACAGAGCCAAAUUCAGUUACUUUUCUUGAAAUUAAGACACGCCUGUGGCCUUCAUCAGAAAUGUUUCUAACAUUUUCAAGAAAAAAUAUGUCCCAGAAACUGAGUAUGUUUUUACUAGUUUUUGGAAUCAUCUGGGGUUUGAUGUUGCUACGCUACACUUUUCAGUAUCCAAGACGCCAAAGCAGUGCUGAGUUGCGUGGACAGAUAUUAGAUCUCAGCAGAAGAUAUGUCAAAGCACUGGCAGAAGAAAAUAAAAAUUUAAUGAAUGGUGGCGGUGGAGCAUCUAUGGCAGGAUAUGCUGAUCUUAAGAGAACAAUUGCUGUUCUUCUGGAUGACAUCUUACAACGCCUGGUGAAAUUGGAAAACAAGGUUGAUUACAUUGUUGUGAAUGGCUCAGCAACAAAUACCACUAAUGGAACUAGCCAUCAGGCACCAGUAACUUCAAAUAAACGUGUAAGACCAGCCAGCAACAUUAGAUAGCAAACAGGGCUGCUUUGUGUUGCUACAUCUGUGAUGGGUAAUAUUUAAGAUAAGCUUUUUAUCUCUGGCUAAGGCAAAGCAGUAGUUGACUCUAAAAGAAGCAUAAACUAUUCUGUUAUACUAUGUGCUGGAUCUGUGUAGGCCUAACAUAUGUGCUUAGGUUCUCAAAGCAUUAUUUCAUUGCCUUUGAGCAGUACUUCUGAAGUGAUCUUUGUUGUCUUUAAAGAUAUUUUGAUAUCAUGAUUUGAUGUAGUAUGCCAUUGGAUAAUAAAACUAUGUGAAAAGUAGUGGGGAACUUAUAGGUAGGUUUAUAAAUAUAUUUAUUUAAGUAUGAAUAUAACAUAUUUUUUGGAUAGGUGAGAAGCAUUGUAGCUUAUUAAUUUUUUGUGAUCUACAUUUAAGCCAAGGUAACUGAGGAAAAUGCGUUGUUAAGCAGAUGUUAGAAAAUGUGUAUACUUAAAAUAUUUUGUUACUUAACUACUAAACAAUAUUAAAUUGAGGACAACAUUGGUGGUAAUAUUUUAAAAUUGUGACCCAAAGAAUGUCUUUAUUUGCACUAUCUGUCAGAAUAGUUAAAGAGAAUUUACUGUAUAUUUAAGAAAAUUAAUUAUAAUAGGAAAAUAUUCUAGGUAGUAACACUGUCCAGGUUUAUCUUUGUGCCAGAGUUAAGGCAGUUAGAUUAUCAAAAGCAAAUCAUAAUCUGUGAUAUCUUAGAUGAUUGUUUCUUACGAAGAUAUUUAAGUGUAUGUAUUUUGUAAUUGCAGAUGAAAUUAUUUAAGUGACGGAAAUAAGUUUUGGAUAUGCAAAUACGGUUUAUUUUUAUUCAUUGCUGUUUGUUUUAACAAUUUAAUACCUUGCAAUUUGUGAUGAGUAUAGCACAUGAUCUCCCUGAAUUGCUUUCUUGAUCAGAAGGAAAAUCAGUGAAGGGAAACAAGGCAUCUCUGCAUUUAACAGAGUUAUAUAUACUAAGGGUGUCUAGUCAUGGAGUAUUUGAGAGGUAAGGUAAUAUUUGCCUUACGUCUAAGUUAGUCUUACAGCAAAGUGAAAUGCAUUCAGCAUGGAUGCACUGUAUUUCAAAAUGUUCCUGAAGUCAUAUUUAAGUGCCACUGAACCUGUUUUUUAAAUCGUAGUGAAUGUUUGGUGGGGACAGAGGAUACGUUCAGGGACUUUUGCCAAAAGUGUCCUGUGAGUGGGGUUUUGGGGGUGGGUAAAACUAGAGGUGCUGGAUGAUACACCAUCCAGAGUUAUGUGUUUUUUCUUUUCUUCUGUUUCCCUGCUGAUAUUCUUGAUGGUUAUAAAAGAAAAUACACUUGCAACUUUUGUUAGCAUCCAGAGGAUUUUUUUGGUCACAUUGUGUGUAAACAUGUACUCACUUCAAUGCAGAAAGAGAAAUAAAUUUUUAAUUGUACUUGUAAA